GCGGCGCGGGCGGCCGCGGGCACUGACGGCGUCGCGGGGCGCUCCCGGGCGGCGGCGCAGCGGCGGCGGCGCAGGGGGCGGAGGCAGGGGGCGCCCCCAGCCAGGAUGCUGCGGUUCCUGCGCCGGACCUUUGGCCGCCGCUCCAUGCAGCGCUACGCGCGGGGCGCGGCGGGGCGCGGGGCCGCCGGGCUGGGGGACGAGCGCGACGGGGGACCCCGGGGGGGCCCGGCCGCCGCCGCCGCCGCCUCCUCGACGCUGCCCGCGGCUCCGGGGGGCAGCGUGUUCCCGGCCGGCGGCGGGCCCCUGCUCACCGGCGGUGCGGCGGUGCACAUCUCCGCCGCCGGCGCUGCCAAGGCCACCCUGUACUGCCGUGUCUUCCUGCUCGACGGGACUGAAGUGAGCGUGGACCUGCCGAAACAUGCCAAAGGCCAGGAUUUGUUUGAUCAGAUCGUGUACCACUUGGACCUCGUGGAAACAGAUUACUUUGGCCUCCAGUUCCUCGACUCUUCCCAGGUUGCGCACUGGCUGGACCAUUCCAAACCCAUAAAAAAGCAGAUGAAAAUUGGACCUGCUUAUGCUUUGCACUUUCGAGUUAAAUAUUAUUCUUCGGAACCGAACAACCUUCGUGAAGAGUUUACAAGGUACCUGUUUGUUUUACAACUCAGGCAUGACAUUCUUUCAGGAAGACUGAAAUGCCCAUAUGAAACGGCUGUGGAAUUAGCUGCUCUCUGUCUACAAGCGGAGCUGGGGGAGUGUGAGCUUCCAGAACACACGCCAGAGCUUGUGUCUGAGUUUCGGUUCAUUCCAAAUCAGACAGAAGCGAUGGAAUUUGAUAUCUUCCAGAGAUGGAAAGAGUGCAGGGGAAAGAGCCCUGCCCAGGCGGAACUGUCCUAUCUGAAUAAAGCGAAGUGGCUGGAAAUGUAUGGGGUAGACAUGCACGUUGUCAGGGGAAGAGAUGGCUGUGAAUAUUCUCUUGGACUGACCCCGACAGGCAUAUUAAUCUUUGAAGGAGCUAACAAAAUAGGCUUAUUCUUUUGGCCAAAAAUUACCAAGAUGGAUUUUAAAAAGAGCAAAUUGACAUUGGUGGUAGUGGAGGAUGAUGAUCAGGGACGGGAGCAAGAGCACACGUUUGUCUUCCGGCUGGACAGCGCCAGGACCUGUAAGCACCUCUGGAAAUGUGCGGUCGAGCAUCACGCCUUCUUCCGCCUGCGGACGCCGGGAAAUAGCAAAUCGAACAGAUCAGACUUCAUCCGGCUGGGGUCUCGCUUCAGAUUCAGUGGGCGGACAGAGUAUCAAGCCACACAUGGGGCCAGGUUACGGAGAACCAGCACCUUUGAGCGGAAGCCUAGUAAACGCUAUCCAUCCCGGAGACAUUCGACGUUCAAAGCAAGCAACCCAGUGAUAGCGGCUCAGUUCUGCUCUAAAACAAAUCCUGAAGUCCAUAAUUACCAGCCUCAAUACCAUCCCAAUAUCCACCCCAGCCAGCCUCGGUGGCACCCUCACUCUCCAAAUGUAAGCUACCCGCUCCCUUCCCCAGGGCUCAGCAGCGCGGACCGGCUGCCUUUUGGCAUCGAGGAGAACGGGGGCACGCCUUUCACUACCAAAGCUUCAGGAAGGCACCACCACCACCACCACCAGCACCAGCACCACCCAAACUAUGGCCUCUCGCUGACUCUGGAGAACAAGGAGGGGCCUCUGAGAUCCCCAAACUCCAGCAGUAAAUCCCUUACAAAACUGAGUCCAGGAGGACCUGCCCUGUUCAGCGAAGCUGCUGCCCAUCUAAAGAAGCUGGAAUUGGAAACUGUGAAGGCGGCGGGACCCUGGCCUGCUCUGCACAUCAACAUAAAUAAGGCUGAAGAAAAAAAGGUUUCUGAGAAGACUCUUCAGACCCCACUUUUGCCUUCCCCUGUAGCUGAUCACGUGAAGUGUAACAUUUUGAAAGCCCAGCUGGAGAACGCAUCCCGAGUGAGUGCUCAGCAGGUUGGAAAAGAGGAAUCGACGUUUGUAAAUAUCAAUAAGAAAUCCAGUCUGCAGGAUGCUAAAGUAAGAAGUCCUAUUCCUAUACGUGUGGAAACUACCCAACCAGCUGUGGAAAAGCCGGAAAUCAAGCCUCCCCGAGUGAGGAAGUUAACAAGACAAUACAGUUUUAACCGCAGUGAUGAAGAUGACCUCCCUCCCGACCUGGCCGAGGCAGUAGGAGCGUCCACAGCCGCAACCACACACACCACCACGGCCACCACGCAAGUCUCAGCGCCACUGGUGUCCCCCAAGGGCCACAAAGUCAGCUCGCCUCAGAAUUCAGAAGGCAAGGGCCCGCUGUCCCCAGGGGCCAAGAGUCCCUCUGACCGAGGAGGUGCCUUUACGUUGGAGCCAGGCGAUCUCCUGAUGGACUUCACAGAAGCUACUCCUCUGAUAAAAACGUUCCCAGCUGAUCCAGUGACCCCAUUUCCUGAUGCUUUCAUUACAGGGCCACAGUUCGCCGCAGACUUUAGAGACAGUAAGUUACAGUGCUGUCCUGGCCAGUCUUCCCCACUGAUUCCAUCAGUGACCCUGAGGCCUUUGACAGAGACCGUCUCCACCGUGCAGACCAUCUACACCACGCGGAAGCCUGUUUCUCUGGCAGCCAGUGCAGAGACGCUCCGGCAGGAACUGGAAAGAGAGAAAAUGAUGAAAAGACUAUUGAUGACCGAACUGUGAAAUUCUCCCCUUGUUGCCUGGAGGAUGGCAUGGUGCCUUCUGUCCGUUUUCUUUCUUCGGGCUUUGUGUGCUCACUCCAGCACAACACACAGAUGUGUGCUCUGUUCACCAGGUCUCCAUGGCUGGUUGAAGCCAACUUCCGGCUUGACUUUAUUGGAGAAGUUAUUUUCUGUCUUCUGAGUAUUAGAGUUUUUCUGCUACUCAGUAUAGUUGGGACGGGAUUUGGUAAGCCUAGGAGAAGAAAGAUGGGGAAAUGGGAUUCCUUUUUAGUACUACCUGUGUGUAUAUAUUGAUAACCACAGGGGGUUAAUAUGGCACGGAAUCCUUUGCUAUCAGUCCCAACCAUGAUUUUGUAUGAUUGAAACUUGGACCAAGCUUUGACUGUUUGUUAAAGAGUCAUUUUUAAUGAGAGAAUAAUUCUUUACUGCUGGUUUUUCAUUUACACUGGUAAUUAUACAGAUAUUAUGAAGUCCUUAACACUCAUUUUUAUUCAGACAUGAAUCGAUGAACUCAAAAAAAAAAAAAAAAGUUGUGACCACCAGGACUGAAGCACUGUCAGCGAAAUCUGAAAUAUAAUUUAAAUUGUGGGUUUGUUGGAUACAAUAUUAUUUGGGAUAAACAGAACUUUUCACUAAGCCCAAAGUAGGAAAUUAUAGCUUAAAUUGUCUAAAAAUCCUUUACAAAGAUAAGGUGGUUCAAUACCAAGAUCCAUUUGGGUGUUCCAUAAAGGAAAAUUAUUUCUAAAGUUGAUCAAUUCUUGUCCUGUUGAUAGAACCUUGACCAGAUGACACUUUGCUGUCUUUUUAUAUAGUUUCAAGAAAUGUGUUUUUAAAUUUUUAUUAUGCACUUGAACAACUUUGCAGGAAUAAAGGCACCCCCUAACCACAAACUAGCCCUCUAAAUUGUUGCCCAAGCUCCCAAUGAAUAUGCACACGUUUUUUCAUUGUUGUGAUCAGUGUGUAUAUACUCUUUGGUUGUAUUUCCCCAACUAACACAUAUCUUCCCUUUUUAACACAGAUCCUGCUC